CCAAAAGAUGGAUUCCAACUAAUAUCUUCUGGAUACCAAGCAUGGCUAAAGCAGUGCUCUAUGCCCAGAUCUCUGUGGCUGGGCUGCUCCAGCCUGGCGGACAGCAUGCCCUCGCUGCGAUGCCUGUAUAACCCAGGGACUGGCGCACUCCCAGCUUUCCAGAAUUCCUCUGAGAGAGAAGACUGUAAUAAUGAUGAGCCCCCUAGGAAGAUCAUUCCUGAGAAGAAUUCACUUAGACAGACCUACAACAGCUGUGCCAGACUGUGCUUAAACCAGGAAACAGUAUGUCUAGGAAGCACUGCUAUGAAGACUGAAAAUUGUGUGGCCAAAACGAAACUUGCCAAUGGCACUUCCAGUAUGAUUGUGCCCAAGCAAAGAAAACUGUCUGCAAGCUAUGAGAAGGAGAAGGAACUCUGCGUCAAGUAUUUUGAACAGUGGUCCGAGUCUGACCAGGUGGAGUUUGUGGAGCACCUCAUCUCCCAGAUGUGUCACUACCAGCACGGACAUAUAAACUCAUACCUCAAACCCAUGUUACAGCGGGACUUUAUCACUGCACUGCCAGCUCGGGGAUUGGAUCAUAUUGCUGAGAACAUUCUGUCAUACCUGGAUGCCACAUCGUUGUGUGCUGCUGAGCUGGUGUGCAAGGAGUGGUACCGGGUGACGUCGGACGGCAUGCUGUGGAAGAAGCUCAUCGAGAGAAUGGUCAGGACAGACUCCCUGUGGAGGGGGUUGUCAGAGAGGAGAGGAUGGGGACAAUAUCUAUUUAAAAAUAAACCUCCUGAUGGGACUGCACCACCCAACUCCUUCUACAGAGCACUUUACCCCAAAAUUAUACAGGACAUAGAGACAAUAGAGUCAAACUGGCGGUGUGGAAGGCACAGUUUACAGAGGAUCCACUGCCGAAGCGAGACAAGCAAAGGGGUUUAUUGUUUACAGUAUGAUGAUCAGAAGAUAGUAAGUGGCCUACGAGACAAUACUAUUAAGAUCUGGGAUAAGAAUACAUUGGAAUGCAAGCGAAUUCUCACUGGACAUACGGGUUCUGUCCUGUGCCUCCAGUACGAUGAACGGGUGAUCAUUACUGGAUCUUCAGACUCAACAGUCAGAUGUCCAUGCAAAUGGCUGUCAAGAAGAAAUGAGAACCUAAGCAAAGGCCAGUCAAGGGUGUGGGACGUGAAUGCAGGCGAGAUGCUGAAUACGCUGAUUCACCACUGUGAAGCAGUACUGCACCUCCGCUUCAAUAACGGCAUGAUGGUGACAUGUUCCAAAGACCGUUCCAUUGCUGUGUGGGACAUGGCUUCACCAACAGACAUCACCCUGAGGAGGGUGCUAGUAGGGCACCGAGCUGCCGUCAACGUAGUGGACUUUGAUGACAAGUACAUUGUAUCAGCAUCAGGUGACAGAACUAUAAAGGUAUGGAACACUAGUACCUGCGAAUUUGUGCGCACCUUAAAUGGCCACAAACGAGGCAUUGCAUGUCUGCAGUACAGAGACAGGCUAGUAGUGAGCGGCUCUUCAGAUAAUACUAUCAGGCUGUGGGAUAUCGAGUGUGGGGCAUGUUUACGAGUACUGGAAGGCCAUGAAGAGUUGGUGAGAUGCAUACGCUUUGAUAACAAGAGGAUAGUCAGCGGGGCAUAUGAUGGGAAAAUCAAAGUAUGGGAUCUCGUGGCUGCUUUGGACCCCCGUGCUCCAGCAGGAACCCUCUGCUUGCGAACCCUUGUGGAGCAUUCUGGAAGAGUCUUUCGACUUCAGUUUGACGAGUUCCAGAUAGUCAGCAGCUCACAUGAUGACACCAUCCUCAUCUGGGAUUUUCUGAAUGACCCAGCUGCCCAAGCAGAAUCCACUCGUUCCCCGUCCAGAACAUACACCUACAUCUCAAGAUAAAUAACACUACAUUGUACCUCACACUCGCACAGGACUCUCAUAAGCUGCAGUAUUUAAAUUAUCUGCCAAUGCCAGGACAAAAGAACUAUCCACGUAACCAAUACUUGCUGAAGAGAGAGGCGCUCAGACUUGUUUCUGGAACAAAGUUGGCAUGCGGUUGAUCUCAGACAGGGUCUACUCAGCGUGGCUGACUGCUAAAGUGCUGCUAUAUCAGAAGAUGACUUUUAUCUUUCAUGAACAGUUAACAUUUUUAAACCUUCCCAUCCCUUUCCUCCCUUGCCCCCCUCUUCUUGUUCACUCCUCUUCCCUUUUCCCUGUUUGGUUCCCCUCCAAACCCAGUCACAGAUGUCCUAUGAAUAUAUUUAAGUUGUUGCCAGAAUGUGUUGCUUUGCUGUUAAGCAGAAGACUUAU